AUGAAAAAUCUCCUUUCUUUCAGAGACAAACAUACGAACGGUAGCUCAUCCCACGACAAUGAGGCGGGAUGGGACCAUACGGCGGCAAGUAUGCAUUCCAUGACCAUGGAUAAAUCAAAAAAAGGUGCAAGUGGUAUUGAACUCUACCAUAUGGAACACGCACCCGAAACAAGUGGCCCCGGCGAUGACGAUGAAAGAGACAACCAGGUUGCAGAACUCGUAAAUGCAACCAGGGACGCUAAAGAAGCCGAUGACAACGAGAGAACAAUGCCUCUCCUUAAGGCGCUGAAAACGUACCCCAAAGCGGCAGCAUGGUCGUUGCUAGUCUCCACAACGUUGGUCAUGGAAGGCUACGACACGGCCAUUCUUGGCUCUUUCUUUGCCCUGCCCGUAUUCAAGGAAAAAUUCGGUUCCCAAGAUUCAGCUGGAGUUUGGGAUGUGUCAGCGUCAUGGCAGGUUGGAUUGUCCUUGUGUUACAUGGCGGGUGAAAUCGUGGGCUUGCAACUCACCGGACCUCUUGCGAACUAUAUGGGUAAUCGGUACACCAUGAUUUUCGCCUUGUUUUCUCUGGCUAUGUUCACGUUCAUCCUGUUUUUCUGCAAAAGUCUGGGAAUGAUCGCUGUUGGCCAAGCUCUUUGUGGCAUGCCCUGGGGUUGUUUCCAAGGUUUGACAGUAACAUAUGCCUCUGAAAUCUGUCCUCUGGCCCUGAGAUACUAUUUGACCACGUACUCCAACCUCUGCUGGUUGUUCGGUCAGGUUUUUGCCGCUGGCAUCAUGAAAAACUCUCAAAACAAAUAUUUACACUCAGAACUUGGUUACAAGUUGCCAUUUGCACUGCAAUGGAUAUGGCCAGUUCCUCUCAUGGUAGGUAUAUUUUUGGCACCCGAAUCCCCAUGGUGGUUAGUGAAGAAGGGCCAGAUGGACGCAGCGAAAAGAUCGCUUGAGAGAACAUUGAGCGGCAAAGGGAUAGAAAAAGAAGUUAUGAUCAUCAAGGAACUCGAAAAGAUCAGACUCACCAUUGAGAAGGAACAGAAACUGUCAGAUUCCGAAGGAAGUUACAUGGAUUGCAUUAGAGAUAAGGUUAAUCGGAGAAGAACCAGAAUAGCCUGUCUUGCCUGGGCGGGGCAGACCACUUGCGGAGCUGGACUUCUGGGAUAUUCAACAUAUUUUUACGAAAAAGCUGGCGUUAGUCUCGAUAUGUCGUUCACAUUCAGCAUUAUUCAAUACUGUAUGGGUAUUGCUGCAACAUUUCUGUCCUGGUGGCUUUCAAAGCGCUUUGGGCGAUUUGAACUAUAUGCAGUUGGGCUAUUGUUUCAAGGCAUCAUGUACUUUGUCAUUGGUGGCUUGGGGUGCAUGGACACUGAUCAAUCAAAAAUGGCGAGCGGUGCGCUCCUUAUGGUCGUGGCGUUCUUUUAUAAUGUGGGCAUUGCACCGGUGGUUUUUUGUCUUGUGUCCGAAGUACCAUCUUCCCGUCUCAGAACUAAGACAAUCAUUCUUGCGCGUAACACCUAUAACGUUGUGUCAAUGGUAGCUAUGGUGUUGAUCUUGUAUCAGUUGAACUCCCAAAAAUGGAAUUGGGGGGCCAAGGCAGGGUUCUUUUGGGGUGGUCUUUGUUUUGCUACGUUAGCAUGGGCAAUCGUAGAUCUCCCAGAAACAGCAGGCAAAACUUUCAGCGAGAUAAGCGAGCUCUUUAGGCUUGGUGUCUCAGCGCGAAAAUUCAAAUCGGCAAAAGUGGAUCCAUUUGCGAUUAAGACAACUGAAGAGCUCUCUGAUGACGAGAGGGAAAUCACAUCACAAGCAUCUUCGAAAGCUGAUAGUAAUAGGGAAGUGCAAAUCGACUGUUAA